AUGUCCAGCGUCCAGGAGCUGUACGGUGCAAGCCAACGUGCGGAACUAUUAAAGAAAAAACCCAAGAAGAGAGAGACCGAAGGGCAAGAAGAAGAAGAAGAAGAAGAAGAAGAGGAGAGAGACCGAAGGGCAAGAAGAAGAAGAAGAAGAAGAGGAGAGAGACCGAAGGGCAAGAAGAAGAAGAAGAGGAGGAGAGAGACCGAAGGGCAAGAAGAAGAAGAAGAAGAGGAGGAGGAGAGAGACCGAAGGGCAAGAAGAAGAAGAAGAAGAGGAGGAGGAGAGAGACCGAAGGGCAAGAAGAAGAAGAAGAAGAAGAAGAAGAAGAGGAGAGAGACCGAAGGGCAAGAAGAAGAGGAGAGAGACCGAAGGGCAAGAAGAAGAAGAAGAGGAGAGAGACCGAAGGGCAAGAAAAAGAAGAAGAGGAGGAGAGAGACCGAAGGGCAAGAAGAAGAAGAAGAGGAGAGAGACCGAAGGGCAAGAAGAAGAAGAAGAAGAAGAGAGAGACCGAAGGGCAAGAAGAAGAAGAGGAGAGAGACCGAAGGGCAAGAAGAAGAAGAGGAGAGAGACCGAAGGGCAAGAAGAAGAAGAGGAGAGAGACCGAAGGGCAAGAAGAAGAGGAGAGAGACCGAAGGGCAAGAAGAAGAGGAGAGAGACCGAAGGGCAAGAAGAAGAAGAAGAAGAAGAGGAGAGAGACCGAAGGGCAAGAAGAAGAAGAAGAAGAAGAAGAGGAGAGAGACCGAAGGGCAAGAAGAAGAAGAAGAGGAGGAGAGAGACCGAAGGGCAAGAAGAAGAAGAAGAGGAGGAGAGAGACCGAAGGGCAAGAAGAAGAAGAAGAAGAAGAAGAAGAGAGAGACCGAAGGGCAAGAAGAAGAAGAAGAGAGAGACCGAAGGGCAAGAAGAAGAAGAGGAGAGAGACCGAAGGGCAAGAAGAAGAAGAGGAGAGAGACCGAAGGGCAAGAAGAAGAAGAAGAAGAGGAGAGAGACCGAAGGGCAAGAAGAAGAAGAAGAAGAGGAGAGAGACCGAAGGGCAAGAAGAAGAAGAAGAAGAGGAGAGAGACCGAAGGGCAAGAAGAAGAAGAAGAAGAGGAGAGAGACCGAAGGGCAAGAAGAAGAAGAAGAGGAGAGAGACCGAAGGGCAAGAAGAAGAAGAAGAGGAGGAGAGAGACCGAAGGGCAAGAAGAAGAAGAAGAAGAGAGAGACCGAAGGGCAAGAAGGGCAAGAAGAAGAAGAAGAGAGAGACCGAAGGGCAAGAAGAAGAAGAAGAGAGAGACCGAAGGGCAAGAAGAAGAAGAAGAGAGAGACCGAAGGGCAAGAAGAAGAAGAAGAGAGAGACCGAAGGGCAAGAAGAAGAAGAAGAGAGAGACCGAAGGGCAAGAAGAAGAAGAAGAGAGAGACCGAAGGGCAAGAAGAAGAAGAAGAGAGAGACCGAAGGGCAAGAAGAAGAAGAAGAGAGAGACCGAAGGGCAAGAAGAAGAAGAAGAGAGAGACCGAAGGGCAAGAAGAAGAAGAAGAGAGAGACCGAAGGGCAAGAAGAAGAAGAAGAGAGAGACCGAAGGGCAAGAAGAAGAAGAAGAGAGAGACCGAAGGGCAAGAAGAAGAAGAAGAGAGAGACCAAAGGGCAAGAAGAAGAAGAAGAAGAAGAAGAAGAAGAGAGACCGAAGGGCAAGAAGAAGAAGAAGAAGAAGAGAGAGACCGAAGGGCAAGAAGAAGAAGAAGAAGAAGAGAGAGACCGAAGGGCAAGAAGAAGAAGAAGAAGAAGAGAGAGACCGAAGGGCAAGAAGAAGAAGAAGAAGAAGAGAGAGACCUAAGGGCAAGAAGAAGAAGAAGAAGAGAGAGACCGAAGGGCAAGAAGAAGAAGAAGAAGAAGAGAGAGACCGAAGGGCAAGAAGAAGAAGAAGAAGAAGAGAGAGACCGAAGGGCAAGAAGAAGAAGAAGAAGAAGAAGAGGAGAGAGACCGAAGGGCAAGAAGAAGAAGAGGAGAGAGACCGAAGGGCAAGAAGAAGAGGAGAGAGACCGAAGGGCAAGAAGAAGAAGAAGAGGAGAGAGACCGAAGGGCAAGAAGAAGAAGAAGAAGAAGAGGAGAGAGACCGAAGGGCAAGAAGAAGAAGAAGAAGAAGAAGAGGAGAGAGACCGAAGGGCAAGAAGAAGAAGAAGAAGAAGAAGAGGAGAGAGACCGAAGGGCAAGAAGAAGAAGAAGAGGAGGAGAGAGACCGAAGGGCAAGAAGAAGAAGAAGAGGAGGAGAGAGACCGAAGGGCAAGAAGAAGAAGAAGAGGAGGAGAGAGACCGAAGGGCAAGAAGAAGAAGAAGAGGAGGAGAGAGACCGAAGGGCAAGAAGAAGAAGAAGAAGAAGAAGAGAGAGACCGAAGGGCAAGAAGAAGAAGAAGAGAGAGACCGAAGGGCAAGAAGAAGAAGAGGAGAGAGACCGAAGGGCAAGAAGAAGAAGAGGAGAGAGACCGAAGGGCAAGAAGAAGAAGAAGAAGAGGAGAGAGACCGAAGGGCAAGAAGAAGAAGAAGAAGAGGAGAGAGACCGAAGGGCAAGAAGAAGAAGAAGAAGAGGAGAGAGACCGAAGGGCAAGAAGAAGAAGAAGAAGAGGAGAGAGACCGAAGGGCAAGAAGAAGAAGAAGAGGAGGAGAGAGACCGAAGGGCAAGAAGAAGAAGAAGAGGAGGAGAGAGACCGAAGGGCAAGAAGAAGAAGAAGAAGAGAGAGACCGAAGGGCAAGAAGAAGAAGAAGAGAGAGACCGAAGGGCAAGAAGAAGAAGAAGAGAGAGACCGAAGGGCAAGAAGAAGAAGAAGAGAGAGACCGAAGGGCAAGAAGAAGAAGAAGAGAGAGACCGAAGGGCAAGAAGAAGAAGAAGAGAGAGACCGAAGGGCAAGAAGAAGAAGAAGAGAGAGACCGAAGGGCAAGAAGAAGAAGAAGAGAGAGACCGAAGGGCAAGAAGAAGAAGAAGAGAGAGACCGAAGGGCAAGAAGAAGAAGAAGAGAGAGACCGAAGGAAGAAGAAGAAGAAGAAGAGAGAGACCGAAGGGCAAGAAGAAGAAGAAGAAGAAGAGAGAGACCGAAGGGCAAGAAGAAGAAGAAGAAGAAGAGAGAGACCGAAGGGCAAGAAGAAGAAGAAGAAGAAGAGAGAGACCGAAGGGCAAGAAGAAGAAGAAGAAGAAGAGAGAGACCGAAGGGCAAGAAGAAGAAGAAGAAGAAGAGAGAGACCUAAGGGCAAGAAGAAGAAGAAGAAGAGAGAGACCGAAGGGCAAGAAGAAGAAGAAGAAGAAGAGAGAGACCGAAGGGCAAGAAGAAGAAGAAGAAGAAGAAGAGAGAGACCGAAGGGCAAGAAGAAGAAGAAGAAGAGAGAGACCGAAGGGCAAGAAGAAGAAGAAGAAGAGAGAGACCGAAGGGCAAGAAGAAGAAGAAGAAGAGAGAGACCGAAGGGCAAGAAGAAGAAGAAGAGAGAGACCGAAGGGCAAGAAGAAGAAGAAGAGAGAGACCGAAGGGCAAGAAGAAGAAGAAGAGAGAGACCGAAGGGCAAGAAGAAGAAGAAGAGAGAGACCGAAGGGCAAGAAGAAGAAGAAGAGAGAGACCGAAGGGCAAGAAGAAGAAGAAGAGAGAGACCGAAGGGCAAGAAGAAGAAGAAGAGAGAGACCGAAGGGCAAGAAGAAGAAGAAGAGAGAGACCGAAGGGCAAGAAGAAGAAGAAGAGAGAGACCGAAGGGCAAGAAGAAGAAGAAGAGAGAGACCGAAGGGCAAGAAGAAGAAGAAGAGAGAGACCGAAGGGCAAGAAGAAGAAGAAGAGAGAGACCGAAGGGCAAGAAGAAGAAGAAGAAGAAGAGAGAGACCGAAGGGCAAGAAGAAGAAGAAGAAGAAGAGAGAGACCGAAGGGCAAGAAGAAGAAGAAGAAGAAGAGAGAGACCGAAGGGCAAGAAGAAGAAGAAGAGAGAGACCGAAGGGCAAGAAGAAGAAGAAGAGAGAGACCGAAGGGCAAGAAGAAGAAGAGAGAGACCGAAGGGCAAGAAGAAGAAGAGAGAGACCGAAGGGCAAGAAGAAGAAGAGAGAGACCGAAGGGCAAGAAGAAGAAGAGAGAGACCUAAGGGCAAGAAGAAAUGACGAUGGUUGA